AUGACUCACACAACUCCGCCGAAGAAGUUUAUUGCAAAACAUGUAAUAGAUUACUGGGUACUUCAAGAUGUUCAUUAUCUUGCGACCAUGUUGCAUCCAAAUUUAAAAAGUUUUAACCAUACACCCGACAAAAAGUUAUAUGCCGAAAGUUUAUUGAAAAUCGCAUUUAAUAAACUGGCACCAUUAGAUACAAAUGUUCAAGAUAAAACAAAAACGAAAGAUGAUAAAAAACUAGUUAAUCCAAUACCAAAGAUACAUAUUGACCCAUUAGAUGAAAUAUUUGAUAAACCAAUUGUAAAAGGUAAUUUGGUGAAACCAGCAUCAUCUAAAACAGAAUUAGACUUAUAUCUAUGUGAUGAAACAAAAAUUGAAAAAGAAACAAAUAUUUUAAAUUAUUGGAAAUUGAAUGAAACUCAAUAUCCAAAAUUAGCUCAUUUAGCUAAACAAAUACUUUGCAUUCCUACUGCAAAUACGGCCAUUGAACGUUUAUUUUCGUAUAGCGGUAACACAAUCACUAAUCGUCGAAUACGAUUAGAAACUGAGCGAGUCAAUCAUCUGCUGUUUAUCCAGCGUAAUUUAUUUACAUUACGAGAAAUUUUCCCCCCAGCUGGUGAAGAAUUUAGCAAGCGAAAAAAUAGUUUACAAUCAACAUCAUCCACACCACAAUCAUCACCAACUAAACGGCAACGAACUGAUUUUGUUGGAGAAAAGGAAGAAAAUAUGGAUGACAAUAAUGAUAAUGAUUAA